UAUAAGGCCCUGGACCACUGCCCCUGCUAACAGUCUCAUCUCAUUUCCAUUUUCUGGCUUUUUCACCACCUCUUGUUUCAUCGGUUUUAUUUCUUAAUUCUCGUUCUCUUCGCCGGCGAGUUGUUGCCCGAAAAAUGGACUCGCUGGUCACUCACAAUCUUCGCGUGAAUUCCCAUGGAAAUAACAUUAUGUUCUCGGGCUGUUGCGUGUUUCGGUAACUUUAACCGUAUCUGAAAAAAAAAGUGAAAAAAAAAAAAAAAACUCGUAAGCAAAGCGACUCUACUUAGCAGAGUUAUGAAGUUAUUCCAUCCCAUGUUUGGCAAAUGAGAAGCAAAUAAUUGUAUAUUAUAAUCAAAGUUAAGACUUAAGAGUCUCGUGUCUUAAUUAACUGCAUUAUUUUUUGUCUCUCCAACAUGAAUUUCUGUGUCAAUUGCGUGUGCUGAUCUCAUCAGAAAGAGAAGAAUCAACUAGAGUUUGAAGUGUUGCCGUAGUAAAGGUAGAAGCGGCUUUUUUUUUCUUUUUUUUUGUUUUUGAAGACCGAGAAACAUGCCUUUCCCAAUGAAGAUCCAGCCGAUCGAUUUCAACACGCUAGAAGAGGCAGCGCUGCCGCGGUCGGAAACAGUAAAGCCUUUGGUGAAAUCGAGGUUCAAGCGGCUGUUUGAACGGCCGUUCCCUAGCGUUCUAAGAAAUUCCACGACGGAUAAGAUCGGUACCAUCGCCGCCGAUGAGCUCCCUUUAAGCAAGGAAUACGCCGGUGAGUUCGAGCCGAGCUCUGUUUGCUUGGCCAAGAUGGUUCAGAAUUUCAUAGAAGAAAACAACGAGAAACAACAAUCUUGUGCUGUUAGAUGCAGCCGUAACCGCUGUAACUGCUUCAACCGUAACUGCAGCGACAGCUCCGAAGACGAUAUGGAUAGUUUCUUUGGUGACUCCAAUCUUAAUUCUCCCGCUGAAGCAUCUGAAAUCCUAAAGAAUUUGAUUUGUCCUAUGACUGUGAGUGAAAAGAUUUUAUUGGCGGAUACGGCGAAGAUUGUGGAGAAGAACAAGAUCUGUAAGAGUAAAGAUGAUUUUUGCAGGAAAAUGGUCACUGAUGGAUUACUGACCCUUGGAUAUGAUGCUUCUAUCUGCAAAUCUUGCUGGGAAAAAUCUCCCUCUUGCCCCGCCGGGGAGUACGAAUACAUAGACGUGAUAAUUGAGGGGGAACGAAUGUUGAUCGACAUCGAUUUCAGAUCAGAGUUCGAACUCGCCCGAUCAACGAAGACUUACAAAUCAAUCCUCCAAAUGCUUCCCUUCAUCUUCGUUGGCAAAGCUGAUCGUCUCCAGAAGAUAAUUGUUACUGUUUCAGAGGCGGUAAAGCAAUGCCUGAAGAAGAAGGGAAUGCACAUUCCUCCAUGGCGAAAGGCCGAGUAUAUCAAGGCCAAAUGGCUUUCUCCUUAUAAUCGAAUCACGCCUUCACCUUCACCUUCACCUUCACCUUCACCUACUCCAACAUCAACAUCUAUAACCGGAACGCUCAAAGAAUUUGAGCUUGAUCCCAAAGCUAAAAAACAAUGCCAACCUUUGUUUGAAUUGAAUCCUGAGGGUAAAAACUCCGUUGACGAUGCUGAUUUGGGGGAACCCAUAUUUGCUUUGUCAGAGAGUUCUGAAGAAGAACGGAAUGAAAAAAAUGUGAAGAAAGAAGAAAGGAAGCCACCUCAGAUAAAUCCCAGGAGCUCACAGAUUGGGGUUAAGAUCGUGGCUGGUUUGGCUUCAGCAAUUGAAGAAGAUGAACAAUAAAUUUUGGACUUUUUCUUUUCUUUUCUUUUUUACUUUUUUUCCCAUUUGGGUUAUUGGAAAAUCAAAUACACUAUGGUACAUGAUUUAACUGUUUGAAUCCCCUUCAGUUUUUUUAAUGGAAGGGUUGAUCUGAUUUUUACUAAUAUGAAUAAUUUUUGUUAUAAAAAUAAUAAAGAAUAAAAUAAAAAAUAUAUAUUAUUUUCUGUUGGUGCCUCUUAUUCUUUCUUCCAUUUCAGGUUCAUUUUUGUAUUCUCAUGUAAUUGUGUUUUUGUUGAGGUUUUUUUUAAAUAUAUAUAUAUUUUCUCUGCAGGUGUGGAACCAAAGCAAAGAGGAAAAGGUGAUUUCGCCCCCUCCAUUUCAUUUUAUAUUAUCAUUUCCAAAUCUUUAUUUACUGUUCUUAUCUUUAAAGGAGCAGAGGAACUAAAUUUUAUAACGAUGGAAGCAGCCUCGUGCAGUCUCGAGCUUUGUGAGGAAAGGAUGUGAAACUGAAAACAGCAUAAUCUCCAUUUGAAUAAUGGAUUUUAUCUAUCAACUGACUUCGAAGACCUGUGUUAGGUAGCUAUUGAGGGGUGGAGCCACCUUGUGGCUUUGGUGGGUGUUGUUGGUCCCCUACCUAGAGAUUUUAAAGACUCGUGCUUCAGUUCCUACCUUUGGUUAACUGGUAGGGGAGGAUGAUAGUCCAAAGAUAUCCAUAAGAAUGUGAAUUUCUGAAACUGCUUUUACCACAAGUUCCCUCGUUUUAACUUUUUGGAUAAUUCCCGAAUUUAAGGACCUAAUUUCACAGUGGGGAUAGUGGGAGUGCUUUUGUUUGGAAAAACAAAAUGUAUUUUAAUUGCAAGUCGGGCAAUCGGUUUGCAAUUCUGUGACUUAUGGAAACUUCCUACCUGCAAGAACAUAUUAAUUUUGUGAUCCUGUAAUUGUAUAUAGUUAUUGUUUCGGAUA